UGGCAGUCAAGCGCAACGGAUGCGGAGUCAACACAAACCCGUAGAAGAACGACCAGAACCGGAAAUGUCAACCCAGUGACUUGGAGCUAGUAGCUGUGAUUAUCUUAGCACUUUGAAAACACACGAUGGCUUUCUGAUUGACACACAUUAGCAGUUACGUAAGAUCGACAAAAAAGCAACUGCGAAUAUGACAAAUGUGUACUCCUUCGAUGGCAUCCUGGUGUUCGGGCUGCUCUUCGUCUGCACGUGUGCAUACUUCAAAAAGGUUCCCCGCCUCAACGGCUGGCUGCUGUCGGAGAAGAAAGGAGUGUGGGGAGUUUUCUAUAAAGCUGCAGUCAUCGGGACGCGGCUCCAUGUUGCCGUAGCGCUAUCCUGUCUCAUCAUGGCUUUCUAUUUGAUCUUUCUGAAAUGAUUCAUCAAGACUAGAUUGAAUGCAAGCAGGGGCAGGACCUGGCAGGGUCAUGCCCGACCCUUAAGGGACACUUUGAACGUGGGCUAUUUGACCCAUGACGUCACAUUGCCUGACGGACUUACUUGGGAGCUGGCGCUGCCCUCUUCUGGUGGCCGGGUUGCACACACACCCUUUCCCUCAGCGGAUGAGGUCACCUUGAAUCCAGCCCAUAGUUUCAUGACAGAGGAUUACGGACGAAAGAGGUGGCUGCACCGUGUGAUGUCAUUCUGUUUUCAUCUCCCACGCUUUGUCGUCGAUCACAUACUGUAAUUAUUUAUACUGAAGGUAUGGUAAUAAGAGUUCAAAACACUUUGAAUUUAAUUUUGAUGUUUACAAACAGUAAACAUUUACCGGAAAUCCCUUUUUCCUCAGAUGAAAAAUAAUCAGUUUUUUUUCUUUAUUCUGUAUUUCUUCUUUCAAUGGUGGGUAAAAAUCUUAAUAUAUGAUGUAUUUUAACACUUUUACUUUUUUUUCCAUGUUUUCCCCCAAUAUUUCUGCACCUUUUUUGUGCAUUUGAAGUAGUCUGCACCUUUCUUGGUCUUUCCCAACUCAGCUUAUCUAAUUGCUUAUGAGAUCCUUCCGUGUGUCUGUACUUAUUCAGAGAAUCCAAGUGGUGACAUGCCUACUUGUAAGACCUGGACCAACACGUAUGUUAAAUAUGCCUAAAAAUAGAACUACAUUGCCAUCUAAAAAUGAUAAUGUUUUUAUGGCUGUUUCAUGCUAUCAUUGAAAGAUUAUUUAGGAAGCGGUGCAAUGCAAUUUGGAGUAAAAUGCAAACAAGACAAAGUUGUCUCCAUGUUUGUUUUUAUAAAAGGUCAUUUUUUAAAAGUGCCUAUAAAAGGUUUCCACUGUUUUAUGUGUCAGUGUUGCAUAACCAUUAUUCAGUGGCAAUGAGACAUCAGAAGCAUUAUUAUUAUUCUCAACACUCUUAAGUAAAUAUCUCGAUACCGGCUUAAUUAGUCAUCACAGUUAAUUGCAAAAGUGAAUGUCAAGUGUGAUGAAGCAUUUUUCUUCAAGUCAUUUGCAGUGAUCGUGGACAUCAACUGUUUCUUACUGUCACUGGCCCUAACUAACAGUCACAUUUUUUAUUUCCACUCAACACACUGGAUUUUGUGUUCCACUCUCAAAUAUCAAUAUAUUUUCACUAAUUGAUGGACACAGUUACACUUUAGAUGUUAUGCGCUCAAUAGUACAGUACAAACUUUUAUUUACUGUGACAACCAGCAGGUUAUACACCGCAUCUCGCCUGAAGUCAGUUGGAAUAACUCAUUAACUCACCCAUGGUCUUAAACAGGACAAGCGGUAUCAAAACUUUAUUUAUCACAAUUGAAGAAACAAACAUUUGUGGGAACCUGUUCCAUCUUUAAUGCAAAAUAAAUCAACACAUUGAAAAUCUUAUUUAUGUGAAAAGUUUAUAAGCCAGCAAAACAUCUAUUCAAAUCUAUUUGUGCAUUUUGAAAAUAAAUGUACAGUGUGAAGUUAUAAUGUUAUAUUUACAUUUUCAUGUGGAAAAGUAAACGCUAUGAUCUUAAGUGUAAUCGCUACAUUAUUUUCUUUUUGUACAGAAUAUUUGCUACAUUACAACCCUGGAUUGAGAUUAAG